AUGCUUGCUCAUGAACCUGGAUAUGAUGUAUUUGAUACGUGGAAGAAGAAGUAUGGCCCAGUUUACACCUACUGGAUUGGUGCUUUGCCGUUCGUUAUUGUAGCAGAUUACAAGACAAUUAAGGAGACAUUCGUCAAAGAUGGCGACGCAUAUGCGGGGAAAUUUACCAUCGAAGAGGUCACAAACGAUUAUCGAGGUGGUAGAUACGGUAUGGUAGAUGCUGUUGGAGCUUUCUGGCGUGAUCAGAGACGAUUCGCCUUACAUGUGUUCAAAGAUCUUGGCCUAAGCAAAGACGUCAUGGAGCAGCGAGUUUGUCUCUUUAUGUCCGUUUUUGCCAUUUGCAAAUUCUCCCAAGGAAUUUAUCAGGCAUUGUCUUCUUGGUCUCAACUUAUAAUGAACAUGGGGAAGUUUAGUUGA